GGGAGAACUUGGAAAAAUUAGACAUAUUUAGCAGGAAGGCUAACAGCUUCCUAGAAUGAGUUGUUUUUCUCUAUUGCAAUUGCUGGCAUGCUUCAGAGGUUAAUUUGAAUCUUAUUUUGUUUUCCCUUUUAGAAGACCAGUGAAUUACCGUAGGCUGGGCUUGACCUUGAUUUUGAUGGCUUUGUUGGAAGAUCUAAUGAUAUGAUUGUGUUUCAUGAAGGGAUUUCUCUCCAGCCCCAAUGGCUUAGGAUAUAAGACACUUCUAUCACGCUAUUACUUAUGGACAAUUCAAAUAUUUUUUUAGGCAUACCUUUUGGGUUUUUUUUUUUUCUUUCCUCGCUUCCCCUUCCCUCCCAUUUCUCCUUAAUACUGGGAGCCUUAUUCUAGACUUUGAUGUGACUGACCAUCCUCCUGCUCCGUGCUGCUGUUUUCUUUUUUAAAGCACAAUGGCACUAAGUGGCAACUGCAGGACUUACCUCCCUGCCCGGGAGCAGGGCUCUGGGCUGCAAUCCUUCCCGGAGGUUGUGGAGCUAAAUGUGGGUGGCCAGGUUUACUUCACUCGCCACUCCACCUUGGUUGGCACCCCUCACUCCUUGCUGUGGAAAAUGUUCACCCCAAAAAGAGACACAGCCAAUGAUCUGGCCAAGGACUCCAAGGGAAGAUUCUUCAUUGACAGAGAUGGUUUCCUUUUUCGCUAUAUUCUGGACUAUCUCAGGGACAAGCAAGUUGUUCUGCCUGACCACUUCCCUGAAAAGGGAAGGCUCAAGAGGGAGGCUGAGUACUUCCAGCUCCCAGACUUGGUCAAACUCCUGACUCCUGAUGACAGCAAGCAAAGCCCCGAUGAUUAUUGCCACAGUGACUACGAAGAGGUCUCCCAAGGCAGUGACACGAGAAUAUGCCCCCCUGCAUCUCUCCUACCAUCAGAUCGAAAGUGGGGAUUCAUUACCAUUGGAUACCGGGGGUCAUGCACUAUUGGCAGGGAGAGCCAAGCAGAUGCCAAAUUCAGGAGGGUCCCAAGGAUUUUGGUUUGCGGAAGGAUCGCUUUGGUCAAAGAGGUCUUUGGAGAAAGUUUGAAUGAAAGCAGAGAUCCAGACAGAGCUCCAGAAAGGUACACCUCCAGGUUUUAUCUCAAGUUCAAGCAUCUGGAGAGGGCUUUUGACAUGUUAUCUGAGUGUGGAUUCCACAUGGUGGCCUGCAACUCCUCUGUGACGGCGUCCUUUGUCAAUCAGUACACUGAUGACAAGGUCUGGUCCAGCUACACUGAAUACGUCUUCUACCGUAAGUACGAGGCAUUUCUGAGGGAAACGUAACUGCCUGUUUGAAACCUGUCUCUUCUGCUGACUGUGCAGUUUGCAAAGCACGAGAAGUGCAGAUUUCUUUGUAUCUGCUGCAGAUUGGAGCUUUAUUUUGAUGUGAGGUGAUAUGCUUCAGUUUAAGCUUUCAAACUAUAAGGCCAGGCUGAACUCUGUGGCUUGGUCUUGGCUAGGUGGCAGCACAGACUGCC